AUGUCGACAACCACGUUUCAUCAGACUCGUGUACCGAAAGUCCAUAUCCCAUCGGACACGACUUAUUCAGCGCCAAGUUCACGUUCCAAUUCACGUUAUAAAAGUACAUUACAAGUUGUCACAUCAGCUCGUGAUCAUUCAUCAUCGAAUACCUAUCGCCGUCGACGUCCCGAAUCGGAAUUAAUUAAUCCUGCUACAUCAUCUUACAAUAUGAUUACAAAUCAUCGCUCGCAGAUGCCUCAACAACUUUCAUCUCUUUCCUAUCAACCCUCAUAUACACUGCCGUUAUCAUCCCGUUCUACAUCAUCGUUAUCCAAUCGUCGAUCAACAGUAACUGAUGCAAUACCAUCAUCGACUUCCACAUAUUCAUCCCACAUAACUUAUAAUAAUAAUCGUUCAGUCAAUUCAACGUCAACGAGUCAACCUGACGAUGUACAGCGUGUUGGUUCGUCUCAAAGUAAACGUUAUUCAAUAGAUUCAACGAAUGCAUCAAUCAAAUCUUCGACUAAUUCCACAAAAAUCUCCAAUCAUUUAGUGAUUAUUCCCAAAUCGAAGUCUAAUCAAUCACUCGAUCAAAAUCAUCACCAUUCGUCAUGUCCUGUUUCUUAUCAGAAUCAAAUCAGUCUUGGCACAGUUACCAUCUUAUCCGAUUCAAGUUCCGAUAAUACCAUCCUUCAUCAUCUUCCUGAUCAUAAUGAAACGACGGAUAAAUCUCAACAAUCGCUUCAUGACGAGCGUCUGCACCGUUCACCACGAAAACCUAUCAAUACUCACGUACUUGGAUCUCGAUUAAAUUCCACCUCCUCAAUCGAUGAAACGAAGAAAGGCCCAACACCGUCGUUGCGUUAUACCAUCGAACCGAUUGAAAUCAAUGAUGAUUUGAACGAUGAAAAUCAGCACGAUUCCAAACAAAAAGCAGUCCGCGAGGAGAAAAAACGAAAAGCCAACGAAAACGAACAAGUUCUCAUCAAUGUUGAUGAAUACGCAUCCGAAAUUCUAAUGUAUCUCAAAGAACGCGAACACACAUCACGACCGAAAGCAAAUUACAUGCGUAAACAAACGGAGUUAACCUGGGAUAUGCGUGCGAUCUUAAUCGAUUGGUUAUCGGAAGUCGCCGACGAGUAUAAACUCUACUCAGAAACACUUCAUUUAGCAGUUAAUUUUAUUGACCGAUUUCUUUCGAGAAUGUCAGUAACAAAGUCGAAAUUUCAAUUGAUUGGCACAACAGCGCUUUAUUUAGCCGCAAAAUGUGAAGAAGUUUAUCCGCCGAACGCAGCCGAAUUCGCUUAUGUGACCGAUAAUGCAUAUACGAAAAAACAGGUUUUAAAAAUCGAAGAUCUCUUAUUACAAACACUCCAUUUUGAAGUAUCAACUGUAUCAACACACACAUUUUUAUUACAUUAUCUCAAAUUAGCCGAAGUAGAUGAAGUUACUGAAGAUUUGGCAAGGGCAUCAUUGAGAAAAGCUCAGUGUGUAUCACAAUGGUACAUUGCUGAAUUAACUCUUCUCGAUCCUGAAUGUCUUCAAUAUUUAUCCAGUUUACAAGCAGCUGCUGUCCUUUGUCUUGCUCUUCACAUGUGUCAAAAACCUCCCUGGUCGAGUAAAUUAAAACGAACCACUGGUUAUACAAUCCAAUCGUUCUAUUCGAUCAUGGAAAAGAUCUUCUGGCUGGUUGCAAAAGCACAUGUACAUGAUAAAUGGGCAAUAACAAGAAAAUAUCGUCAUGUCAAACAUCAUAGUGUUGCAUUAAUUGAAUUACCAUCCACUUUACCGUAUCUCGAUAUGGAUAAUGAUUGUAAUUCGAUAAAAUGA